AUGGAAACAGUGGCCCACCUGUGGAACUUGACAAACGCUCUUGUCAAGAUCGAGUCUCCAGGUGUGAAUAAGCUCAGGAACCACUACAUACAAUGCUGUCGCGAUUUAAGCGAUAAUGUGGAAUUACCGAAAAACAUUUUUGGUCCUGGGGCGAUGUGUGCUCACUGUGGCACCUUGUGGAGGCCUGUUAAUGCAACAGUGAGAAUCAGUAAAAGUAGAAAUCACUCGAGAGGAGUUAGGAAAUUAAUUCGUCGUGGGGCUAACGUUGAUUCUAGUUUAUCGAAUUUCAAGGGAAAAUUGUUAGACAAGUGUAUUAAAAAACGAAAUAACGAACUCGUGAUUACGUGCACUGUUUGUCAUGAGAAAACAAGAAUUAAUUUGGCGAAGCCGAAGAGAGAAAAAUUGAAAAUCGAACGUUCAGGGGAGGAGGGACACCAUCUGGAGCAAGUCAAGAAGAAGAAGAAGAAGAGGAACAGGGACAAGACAGCUGGAUUGAUCAUCAACACGCCGACUAAUUCAGCUACGAAUAAAUCAUUUGCAACAAAAUGCAACGAAAAAUCGGCAACUCACACUCCACAAACAUCUCAGGUCAAUAAGUUGAACAGGAGAUCACAGCCACAGGGGAUUACGCCUGUACAACAGCCCAAGAGAUUUAACAUCUCGAAAUUGAAGGGAAUGAUCAACACGACGAUGACACCAGGGAAGAAGACGAGCUUGCAUUCAUUCUUGACCGAACUCGGAUACGAUCAAUUACACCGGCAUGGAUACGAUUUCAAGGAUCGUAAUCACGUGAGAUCGAUAAAUAAUCUUUAUCGAUGA